AUGGGCUCUGAAUGGAUGAGUGAAUUGCCCGAAUCGUUGACACGAAUUCCGAUCAUCGAUUUGGCGAUUCCUGGCUCUCACGAUUCGGGUGCAACAAGUGUUCUCUCGAUCAAGUACCCGGUGGCAAAUGAUGAAGCCACGAAUCGUUUUCUCAAUUGUUUCGGGAAAUUGACCGUCUCUCGUCGAGUCAUCCGCCGAUGGGCGAUCACACAGCACGUGUCGGCUGGCGCACAAUGCCAGAUGGGGAUACGGUAUUUUGAUCUCAGAGUCUCCAAUCCGCCGAACUCUCUCCCGUACGGUUUCCAUCUUGUUCACGCGCUUUAUGGACCAGAGUUAUCAACUUUUUUGAAAGAGAUAAAAGAUUUCCUUGACAUUCACCCAAAAGAAAUCGUGAUUUUGGAUAUGAAUCAUUUGUUUCAAGUUGAUUGGGAAGUGCAUCAAGAGCUCGAGAAAUUGAUUGUCGAGAUUUUUGGGAGGAAACGCUUUUGCAAACCUCUAAAUGGGAAUGAUUCUUCUUUCGAGCGGACACUCGAUGAGAUCACUUUGGAGAUGAUGUGGGAGAGAGGGGAACAAGUGAUUUGUAUCACGGCAUUUGAGUACUACCCAUCAAACUCAAUUUUCUGGCCGGGUUUCUCAUCGAUCGUCUCUCCCUAUCCGGAAACGAAUGACAUCGCUCAGCUAAUCGAAUAUUUAUCUCAGACACAAGUUUUCCGUUCAAUCAAUAACACAAUGUUCUACGUGACGCAGGGGAUUCUUACCGCCACCAUUAAGAAUAUUUCUCGUUCCCCGUUUUCCUCACUCGAGAAGCAGCUCUCAUUGAAAGCGACCGCCGCUGUUCGCAAGUGGAUUUUCGAGUUCGAUCAUCCCGAACUUUUCAACAUCGUCAUUGUGGAUUUUAGAGGAUUAUUUGAAAAGGAGAAACUUCUAUUUGAAGGCUUACUA